AUGAUCGACUGGGUCUGUGCAGUCAAUGGGCGGGAUGCGGAGGUGGUGAAUAUCAUUUCUAUCCUUAUCCUUCCGUGUGCAUUGAAAAAAGAGGCUGCAGGUCAGCCCUCACCUUAUGCACAACCAACCGCCCUCCUAUUUCCAUCCACUCCACCGCUCCGUCUUGGUAUCCGACAGGGGUAG